AUGGAGGACAACCAAUCGAAUGAAUCAAACGAUAUUCAGCUUGAACCGACAACAAUGAAUACAAGUGUGGUCGACAUGAAGGAGCAAAAUCAGCAUGAAGUAACAGGUGAUAACGGAGUAAAGUUAGUCAAUAUACCACCAUUUCUGAAUGAAGAUCCUGAAUUGUGGUUUGCACAAAUUGAAGGCUAUUUUCAUAUCAACGGCGUUACGUCCGAUUUGUCUAGAUUUUUUACUGUAACUACUUCAUUAGAUGUCGAAACUCUUCGUAGAGUAUCGGAUUUAGUAAAAAAACCACCAGAGGACGACAAGUACGAGACACUAAAAAGGGAAAUAAUACAACAAUUACACAGCUUAAAACGACAUCAACUAAUUUUACUUUUAAUUGGUAUGGACGGAUCCAACAAACGUCCUUCGGAAUUGCUUCAGAUGAUGAAAGUUCUUACAGCAUCUCACAUGCUUGACUUCGAAUUACAAUAUUAUUGGCUUCGAAAAUUACCUAAAAAUAUUCAGCGUAUUCUAAAAACAUGCAAUAUGGAUGACGUAAAUAAAUUAGCCAAACUGGCAGAUAGUAUAAUAGACAAUAUACCCAAAUUGCAGAAUGUUGACUCUAAAACUACAAAUUCACAAAAUGACAGUUCAGAGGAAUCGGGGCUGAAUGCACGUAUUACAGCAUUGGAAGAAUCAGGGCUGGAUGCACGUAUUACAGCAUUGGAGGAAUCAGGGCUGGAUGCACGUAUGACAGCAUUGGAGGAAUCAUUACAGCAAGUAGAAACUAGAUUAACUGGAUUGAAUAUCGAGAUCUAUAAUAGAUCAAGCUCACGUCAGCGAAAGAGGCAACGCAGUUCCAGUAAAGAACAGGUUGUAAGCCAGCCUGUCAUUCAGAAUUUUUGCUACUACCAUCUCAAAUUUGGCGCACUCGCUAAUAAUUGUAUUCAGCCGUGCAAUUUUGCUGAAAGUCAACAAUGA